CACUGCGACUCAGUCUGCGUCUGUCACCGACCUUAUACCUGGUUGUCUCUCUCUCUCUCCCUCCCUCACUCCCUCCGUCUCCCUCUCUCACUCACUCCCCAGCUUUGAGGCUCUUUCUCUCGGCUGCAGCUCAUGGAGGAACCGCGUGUCCACACUGGGGAGCCGGACUUUAAGAAGUGAGGACUUUUAGGAUCCAGAUUCAGGAUGAGGCGGAGUGUCCGUGGAGGAGAACCCGCGCUGCUAAUGCUGUUGCUGCUGUUCGGUCAGCGCUGCUGCUCCAGCCUGGACAAGGGAGUGUGUCAGGGGACGAGCAAUCAGAUGACCCAGUUAGGAACUCGUGAAAACCACUACAACAAUAUCGUGAAGAUGUACGCCAACUGUACGAUGGUGCUGGAGAACCUGGAGAUCACGCACACACGGGAGCACCAGGACUUGUCCUUCCUGCAGUCCAUCCAGGAAGUGGGAGGCUACGUUCUGAUUGCCAUGAACGAGGUGGCGACCAUCCCACUGGUCAACCUGAGGCUGAUCCGAGGACGGAACCUCUACGAGGGUCAGUACGCUCUGCUGGUGGUCUCCAACUACAACCACUCCUCUGUCACACAAGGCUACAGCAGCGGCCUGAAGCAGCUGCAACUCAGCAGCCUGACUGAGAUCCUGAAAGGAGGCGUAAAGAUUACCCACAAUCCCUUGCUGUGCAACACUGAGACCAUCCAGUGGUGGGACAUCAUGGACAAUGAGAGCAACCCCAACCCUAGCAUUUUUUUCAAGAACGAAACAUUUGACCGGAAAUGUGAGAAGUGUGACCCUGGGUGUGUAAGCGGUUCCUGUUGGGCAGCUGGGCCAGAUCACUGCCAGAUAUUGACUAAACUACACUGUGCCGAACAAUGCAGUCAUCGAUGUCGUGGUCCUAAACCCAUAGACUGCUGUAAUGAACACUGCGCCGCUGGCUGCACUGGACAUGAAGCCACCGACUGUCUGGCCUGUCGAGAGUUCAACGAUGAUGGCACGUGUAAAAACGAGUGUCCUCCUCCAACCAUCUAUGACCGAAAUACCCAUCAGGUUGUCAACAACCCCAAAGUAAAGUUCACAUUCGGCGCCACCUGCCUUACUUCCUGUCCACAUAACUAUGUGGUAACAGGUGGUUCUUGUGUACGAUCCUGUGGCGCCGGAAUGUAUGAAGUGGAGGAGAACGGAGUUCAUCGCUGCAAGACCUGUAAUGGACCCUGUCCCAAAGCUUGUGAUGGAAUCGGCGUGGGCGCUCUGAUUAACAGCAUGGCAGUGAACGCAUCCAACAUUGAAUCUUUCAGGAACUGCACCAAAAUCAACGGCGACAUUUCCAUCAUCGAAACGACAUUCACAGGGGACGCUCACUACAAGAUCCCACCCAUGGAUCAGAGCAAACUGGAGUACUUCAGGACAGUCAAGGAGAUCACUGGUUACCUGCUAAUCCAGUCGUGGCCGGAGAAUCUGACGUCUCUGUCUGCGUUUGAGAACCUAGAGAUCAUCAGAGGAAGAACGACAUUCUCACAGUACAGUGUGGCGGUGGUGCGGGCCAAGCACCUGCGCUGGUUAGGCCUGCGCUCUCUGAAGGAGGUCAGCGCCGGGCUAGUGAUGGUGCGUGGCAACCCUGAGCUCUGCUACACCAGAGAAGACCUGUGGAUACGCCUCUUCAGGACUGGUGACCAGAAAGUCACUCUACGCAGCAACGCAGCAGAGGACGUCUGUGAAAAACAGAACCAAACCUGUGAUGCUCAGUGUUCAGAUCAAGGCUGCUGGGGACCAGGUCCAGACAUGUGUGUGUCCUGUAGACACUUUGACCGCAGGGGGCGCUGUGUGUCCUCUUGUAACCUCUUGCAAGGCACCCCUAGAGAGGUGGAGGUGAACAACAGCUGUAACCUGUGUCACUCCGAGUGUCUACAGAAGACUGGGGUCCUGACCUGCCACGGUCCAGGGCCCGACCAGUGUUCUCAGUGUGCUCAUGUCAUGGAUGGUCCUCACUGCGUCCCUCGUUGUCCUCACGGUGUCCCCGGAGAUGGAGACACCCUGAUCUGGAAAUAUGCAGACUCCACAGGCCAGUGUCAGUCAUGUGACCAGAACUGUACUGAGGGAUGUACCUGUCCUGGACUGUCCGGAUGUAAAGGAUCUGUCAAACACUCCACCAUGGCGGUGGGUGUGGUCAGCGCACUCCUGAUCGCUCUCAUUUUGUCACUUCUUGUCUUUGUGCUGCUGCGCCGAAAACAAAUCAAGAGAAAAAGGACACUACGACGCCUCCUACAGGAGAGGGAGCUGGUGGAGCCCCUGACUCCCAGUGGGGAGGCUCCCAACCAGGCCCUGCUGAGGAUCCUGAAAGAGACCGAGUUUAAGAAGGUUCGAGUCCUUGGUUCUGGAGCCUUUGGAACUGUCUAUAAGGGUCUGUGGAUUCCUGAAGGAGAAAACGUGAAGAUUCCGGUCGCCAUCAAAGUUCUCAGAGAAGCUGCAUCUCCAAAGGCCAACCAGGAAGUUCUGGACGAGGCGUAUGUGAUGGCCAGUGUUGAUCACCCACACGUGUGUCGUCUUCUUGGAAUCUGCCUGACGUCGUCAGUGCAGCUGGUGACUCAGCUGAUGCCUUAUGGCUGUUUACUGGACUACCUACGACACCACAGGGAGAACAUCGGUGCUCAGUGGCUCCUCAACUGGUGUGUCCAGAUUGCUAAGGGCAUGAGUUACCUGGAGGAUCGUCACCUGGUUCAUCGAGAUCUGGCAGCAAGAAACGUCCUGGUCAAAAAUCCAAACCACGUCAAGAUUACAGACUUUGGUCUUGCAAAGCUGCUGACCGCCAAUGAGAAGGAAUACCACGCAGAUGGAGGAAAGGUUCCCAUCAAGUGGAUGGCGCUGGAGUCGAUCCUUCAAUGGACGUACACACACCAGAGUGACGUGUGGAGCUACGGAGUAACGGUGUGGGAAAUCAUGACCUUUGGGUCAAAGCCCUAUGAUGGAAUCCCAGCCAGUGAGAUUGCUACAGUCCUGGAGCAGGGAGAGCGUCUGCCACAUCCGCCUAUCUGCACCAUUGACGUUUACAUGAUGAUGGUCAAAUGUUGGAUGAUAGAUCCGUCCAGUCGUCCCCAAUUCAGGGAGCUGACAGUGGAAUUUUCUAAAAUGGCCAGAGACCCGUCCAAAUAUCUAGUGAUUCAGGACAAUCUUCCCAGUCCAUCAGACAGAAGGUUUUAUUCCCGUCUGCUGAGUGCUGAUGAUACUGGGGACAUGGUGGACGCUGAGGAAUAUCUGCUGCCGUACAAAGGCCUGACUAACCACCAGGACCAACCCUGCAGUGCCACGAAUGGUCGAAUGGUCAGAGAAAACAGCAUUGCUCUGCGAUAUAUCACUGAUCCAACCCAAAACCAACUGGACAAAGAGGAUCAUGACUACAUGAACCAGACACCUGAUGAAACCAGACGCAGCAGCAGCAGACUCUCUGAGGCUCUCAGUCCACACCAGAGGGACUUAAAUCUGGACUGGGGUGCAGCCUCUCUACCAGUUUACCAUGAGGCAGCAAAAGCUGCAGGACCUGAAUACUUGAACACCCCUCAGAACGUUCUACCCCAGGCCACUGGGGACAAUUUAGAUAACCCAGAGUACCAGGCAACUUUCCUGCCUCAAGCCUCAUCCACUUCCUUUAGUCCUAAUCCUACGUUUUCACCAGCUGCCGAGAACAUGGAGUACAUGGGUCUAGGUGCUGCACUACAUCAUCCUGUCCGCUAGAGGGCAGAAACGUUAAGACUUGUUUUUCAGAGAUUUUCAGAGGAUCAGGAUGUGACAAGUUGUGUUGUUGACUCGAACGCUCCCCUCUGUCACUGCACUGUCCGGGAGAGCGCUUUUGAGACACCGGGUCAAAAUGUUUGACGUCACUGACGUCAUGUGCUCCGUGAACUUCCCUUUACGUCAGUAUUUAUUUUGAAAAAGGCACUAGAGGAAUGAAACCAGGAAUUUACGAGGAACUGUUUAAAAUGUACAAAGUUUCUAAACUGCUUAGUGAAUGAAAAUGUAGCAUCUCAUAAUUGUUGCAGAACCAUAGCGACUUGAGUGGUGUUGAAGCACAUGGACUCCCUCUGCUGGUAGUGUGAAGCUCUGCAAUAUGUUUUACAAUUUUUUUUAAAAUUUGAUUUGCCAUAUUCAAUUUUACAGAACAUACAAACUUUUUCCCAAAGAAAUACACAAAUUCAGUUAAAUGCCACUUUAACUGUGUCUGUCGUAAAUAAACCAUAAAUUAAACUAAGAUAAAUUAAUUAAAAGACACAACUUUAAUCCCUAAAAUUCUAAAUUUAUUCUGAAAUGUUGUUGAGCUUCCUUUACCAAGUCAACCUGGGUUUUUUUUGUGAAACAUGGUGUUGGCACCACACCCUAAACUUUGUGAAUGUUUAUGUUUCUAUUUGUGUAGCAUUUUAUCAUGAAUGUUUGAAUGUGAAACGAGCUGAAUCGUGGUUAUGAGUUGAAAUGCUGAUGUUGCGACGUAGACUAGGAUAGUUUUAGUUUUUUCCUUUUUGCAGAUUUUGCAUAGAAAAAAAAGCUAAAUUUGAUCAUUGAUGUGACAUGAAACAAUUUAGUUAAGACAAAAACCAAAUUUGAGAAAUUCAGUCGUUUUCAGCUGAAAUUCUCAUCAGACAAUCGCUGGUUUGUUAAUGUGACUUUAUUUGUUAAACUCCUACUGUGACCGUGACACUGUUGUUUAAUUCAGCUUUAUUAAAUCAGGGUUUAUUCUAA